AUGGAAACCCUGUCUGAGGAGGGCCAGGUUGGAAAUGACAGCGUGGAGAAGGACGAGAUACCUAUAGAGAAGCUGGACAACUCGCCGGACAUGUCCCUGGAAGACAAGCUGGAGUGGGAAACAGCGGUUGAAAACCCCCAGAAUUGGCCUACAUGGAGGAAAAUGGUCCUUCUGGCUGCGAUGGUCGCCUCGGCCUUCACUGCGUCCAUAGCAAGUUCCAUCGUUACUCCUGCUCGCAGUGCAUUUAUGGAAGAGUUCCAUGUCAACAGCACGGUCGCAAUCCUAUCUGUCACUUUGUACGUUUUCGCACUUGGCUUUGGGCCAGUUGUUGGUGGCCCGCUCUCCGAAACCGUAGCGGUGGGCUUUUCUCGGAAUUUCGGAGAGCUGCUUUUCUUUCGGUUUCUGUCUGGCUUUUCCUGGUCGUCAAUUCUUGCUGUGGCUCAAGGCUCAUUGUCUGAAACAUUUCGUCCGGCGGCUCGAGGCCCUGUAACGGCCAUCUUCAUUCUCAAUCCCCUUCUUGGGCCAGGGCUUGGUCUUUACGUCUCCUGCGCUUUUGGCACUUUGUUUAGCUUCUUCGCGGCAGUGCCUUACACAUUCAGCAGUGUUUACGUCUUCACUAUUGACCAAUCUGGUCUAGUCUUUCUGUCCAUUGCCAUCGGUUGCUUUCUCGGGAUUAUCACCAUCUUUUUCAUCCCCCCUGAACAUCGCCUUUAUUCGGCUAUGAUAGGAAGUCUCGGAUUACCUCUUAGUCUUUUCUGGUUUGGCUGGUGUGCCCGUGAGGGUAUAUCCUGGGCGGUUCCAGCAGUUGCCAUCAUACCCUUCGCAUUCAGAAAUAUCUGCGUGUUCGUCUCUAUUAUGCAAUAUUCAGGAUAUACAUACAAAGGAAACGUUGUGGCUAGCUCCGCUAGUGCGAAUUGUCUGGCACGCUACACAUUCUCAGGAAUCUUCCCUUUGUUCACAAUACAAAUGUACGAAAGACUUGGAAUUGACUGGGCUAGUAGUUUACUAGGUUUCGUUGCAUUAGCUCUAUUACCUAUUCCUUGGGUUCUCUUCAAGUUCGGCUCGAAGAUUAGAGCUAAGAGCAGUUACUGA